AUCCUCCGCCGCGAAAGGCGAAGCCCCUGCACGCUUCCCCCGCGCUCCGCCGUGAGCCCGUGACCGCGACAACGAGCUCCACGGCUGCUUGGACGCCGUCUACUCCUCCGCUAAGCUCAAGCGGCGGCACCCACCGGAUCGCGUGUCAUGACAUCCACCGAGAAGGAGAACGCCAUGGAAGUGGUGGCAUCGGCGCCGGGGAAGGUGCUCAUCGCGGGGGGCUACCUCGUGCUGGAGCGCCCCAACGCCGGUCUCGUCCUCAGCACCACCGCCCGCUUCUACACCGUCGUCCGCCCCCUCCGCGACGGCAUUGCCCCCGACUCCUGGGCCUGGGUGUGGACGGAUGUGAAGGUAACCUCCCCUCAGCUCUCCCGGGAGGCCACCUACAAGCUGUCAUUGAAGAAGUCCACGCUCCAGUUGACGUCUGCAAGGGAGUUCGCAAACCCUUUUGUGGAGCAGGCGAUACAAUUCUCCACGGCAGCGGCUAAAGCUACUAUUACUGAUAAGGAGAGGAAGGAUGCACUAGAUAAGCUGCUGUUGCAAGGUCUUGACAUUACAAUUCUGGGUUGCAAUGAUUUCUAUUCUUAUAGAAAGCAGAUUGAAGCACGUGGUCUCCCCCUUACUUCUGAGGUAUUGCUUUCAUUGCCUCCAUUCUCUUCGAUUACAUUUAACUCAGAAGUUGCCAAUGGAACAAUGACUGGAGAAAAAUGUAAACCUGAAGUAGCCAAAACUGGACUUGGGUCAUCAGCUGCCAUGACCACAUCAGUUGUUGUGGCCCUUCUUCACUAUCUUAGAGCUGUUAACCUUUCGGGUUUGGGACAAUCUUCCAGUGAUAGUGCAGCUGGACGAGAUCUUGACUUGGUUCACGCUAUUGCUCAAAGUGCACAUUGUAUAGCACAGGGGAAAAUUGGAAGUGGUUUUGAUGUUAGUGCUGCUGUCUAUGGGAGUCAGCGCUACACACGGUUUUCUCCAUAUAUACUCUCCUCAACUCAGGUUACAGAUGGGACUUGCUUGCUAGAUGUAGUAUCAGAUAUUGUUACACAGAGGUGGGAUCAUGAGAAGACUCAAUUUUCAUUGCCUCCUCUGAUGACCCUUCUCCUUGGGGAACCUGGAACUGGAGGAUCAUCUACUCCAUCAAUGGUUGGAUCUGUGAAACGGUGGCAGAAGUCUGACCCUCAGAAAUCCAAAGAUACAUGGAUUAAGCUGGGCAUUGCCAAUUCAGUGCUGGAGAACCAACUAAGAAACUUAAACAAACUUUCUGAAGAUCACUGGGAGACCUAUGAAUCCAUGGUACGGUCCUGUAGUCAUAUCGCGUGCAGGAAGUGGACAGAGGUUGCUACUGACCAACAUCAAGAAUUGAUUGUUGGAUCAUUGUUGGCUGCAAGAGAUGCUUUCCUUGAGAUAAGAUGCCAUAUGCGUGAGAUGGGUGUAGCAACCGGUGUUCCAAUUGAACCAGAGUCACAAACACAGCUUCUAGAUUCCACUAUGAAUAUGGAGGGUGUUCUACUAGCUGGAGUUCCUGGAGCUGGUGGCUUCGAUGCAAUUUUCUCAGUGACUCUAGGUGACUCAAGUGAGGCUGUAGCGAAUGCUUGGAGCUCAGCUGGCGUUCUGCCGCUUCUUGUUCGAGAAGACUGUCGGGGUGUAUUAUUGGAAGAUGGUGACCCAAGAACAAGGGAGGUGUCAGCCGCCGUAUCAUCUAUACAAAUUAAUUGACUCUAUUGUUCAUAAAUUCUGUUUUAUUUAUGGUGUACCACUUGUCACGUUCAUUUAGAGGUGGCCAAGUGUGCCAAUUUCAAGGAGUGUUGCAUGGUUAAAAUAAGUGCUGCACUAGCAGCAACAAAGCAUGUUGUUUAUAGGACUGCCCAUGAGUGUAGAAAAUAAGAUUUUUUUUCCAGUCAGUUCCAUGGAACUAUUGCCUGUAGCUAUGGAAUGCACGUGAGGAAAUAUCUAUCUAUUUCAAUAAACUGGCACUGUAAACCUUCUGUCUGUAACUCCUCAAGACUAUUUCCCAUGGUUUUUAUUAGAAUCAGAAUGUUUUGGGGUUUGAAAAGCCCAUCGAUA